AUGCUCAACCUGGGAACGUCCGCUUCUGAUUUAUCCAACAACAACGAUGAAUAUAAGAUUCCAGGGGAAGUGCUCUGGACAGCUCAAUCAGCGAGUAAUGCCAACACUACCUUAAUCUUUCAGUUUAAGCCGUACAACGUGACGUCUAAAUGGAUUGGGUACUUCCAUUUCGCCGAAACCCAAAUCUUGCCAAGUGGCCAGCAAAGAGAGCUCACGGUUUCCACCAGUGAUGACCAAUUCACAGAGACGGUGAGGCUCGAUUACUUGAAGCCGGUAACCGUAGUUUCCCCUUCGGUCUCUGGGUCCCAGAUCAACUUCUCAUUCGAAGCAACGAAGAGGCAGUCUGGAUAUCCGCCACCAAUCAUCAAUUCCUUGGAGAUCUUUCAUAUCAAAGAACUUCUGAAUGUACCAACAGCCCAAGAUGAUGUCAAAGCUUUCACCAACAUCAAGGCAGAGUAUAUUGUGAAUAAAGAUAUCUGGCAAGGUGAUCCAUGUGUACCAAGCAAAUUUGCAUGGGAUGGUCUGAAUUGUAGCUAUAUAAAGCCUCCCAGGGUUAUUGCGUUAGAUCUGUCCGACAAUCAACUUACAGGACCCAUACCAGAAACAUUGGCAAAUCUGCCAAAGUUGAGAAUUCUUCUUAACAACAACCCCUAUCUUUGCGAGGCAAGUCCUUGCUCAAAGAAGGAGGCUAAAAACUCCAUCUUGGUCCCAGUUGUUGCAUCGGUUUCAGUCGUAUUCGUAGUUAUCUGCGUGUUGAGUAUUGGGUUCAUUAGAAGGAAACAGACAGAAUCUAGUGAGAGGACAUUGGGAUUAAAGAAUCGACAUUUUAAGUAUGGAGAAGUUUCAAGAAUCACUAGAAACUUUGGACAAGUGAUUGGUGAAGGUGGAUUUGGAAAGGUAUAUCUUGGUGCACUGGAUAACGGCACUGUAGUUGCAGUGAAGAUGCUCUCUGAAUCAUCAAAGCAAGGGUACAAGGAAUUUCAAGCCGAGGCGCGACUCUUAAUGAUUGUUCACCACAGAAACUUGGUUUCUCUGUUUGGAUAUUGCAAUGAGUCUAGGCACAUGGCAUUGAUAUAUGAAUACAUGGCAAAUGGAAAUUUAAGGCAACAUUUAUCAGAGGACCAUCCGAAGGUCUUGACAUGGAGUAAAAGAGUACAUAUAGCUGUGGAUGCAGCACAAGGUUUGGAUUAUUUGCAUAAUGGUUGCAAGCCACCCAUCAUCCAUAGAGACUUGAAGACUACAAACAUCUUGUUGAAUGAAGACUUCCAAGCCAAAAUAGCUGAUUUUGGCCUUUCAAGAGCUUUUGCAACUGAAAACGACAUUUAUGUGUCAACUUGCCCUGCAGGCACUCCCGGCUACCUUGAUCCCGAGUUUCAAUCUUCUGGAAACAUAACCAAGAUGAGUGAUGUUUAUAGUUUCGGAAUCGUACUCUUUGAGUUGAUCACGGGCCGACCUGCAAUAAUGAGAAGCCGGGAUGGCAGUGCCAGCAUGCACAUACUUGAAUGGUUGAUUCCUAUUGUCGAAAGCGGUGAUAUACAUAGCAUUAUGGAUCCAAAGUUACAGGGAGAAUUCGACAUAAACUCGGCUUGGAAACUAGUGGAGAUUGCUAUGUCUUGUACACGACCAGUGGCAAUUCAAAGGCCGGACAUAAAUCACGUAUUGGCAGAGUUAAAGGAGUCUUUGGUGAGCAAAUCAAGCGGUUCUUUUGAAAUGACCUCCUUGGAGAUCCAUUCUGAUAUUGUCCCUAUGGCAAGGUAGUAGAACUUUUUCAAUCCAGAAAG